AUGGCAGAGAAAUCUUAUGUUGAACACCUCGCGGAAUCGGUGUUUGACAAUCUUCGAUAUCAGCACGAUUGGACUGAGUUGCAAAUUUUAACUCAUUCCCCAGUGGAUAACUCACCUCUGCCUCGGCCUCUGAUCUCUGGAUUGCCUCCUCGUCGGCUCUAUUUACAUCCCGAUGAUCAGAUUGAAAUACUCAAAACUCAUCCGAACCCCGAAGACCGUAUUCCGGAGACUCCUAUAAUCGAAUGGGUCUUACCAGUUCAUCUGGCCGAAAAAUGGACGCUCAAGGCAUUUGCAAGCGUUUUUGAUUCCAUGCCGCCUGAAACCUCAGCUGGUCCGGCUCGUGCUAAGAGAGUGCUACUUGCUACAGUACAUAACGAUUCUACCGUUGUUUACUAUUUCAUGCACGAUGGCAUUGUCAAACCUCGCCAGAAUUAG